AUCUACUGAAGAGUUACCCUUAAUUCCAUCCAACAACCAGGUCUGAAACAACUGACUCUAACAUGAAGGCUUUCAUUUUCCUUCCCUUCAUGUUCGUGGCCAUGUUCUCAGUGUCUUCAACCCAGAUUUUGAGAACAAGUGUUUUUAAACCACAAGAAGGUCCAGAACCUGCAUUUAUUCUAGAGAGAAAAAAUGAAGCUAAUCAUCAAGGAAAACAACAGGAAUCUAAUCAGCAAGGAGGUAGCAACACACAAGGAAAACAAGCAACAUUUAGUCUGCAAGGACAACGAGGGUGUUCUAACCAGCCAGAGAAAAAUUCAGGGAAUUUUAAUCAGCAAGAAAGGCCAGGAAUUCUCAAUCAGUCUGGGAGUCUGCAAGGGAAUUCAGGAGACUCUAAUCCAAAAGGGAAUGCUGAAGCUUCAAAUGAACAGGGAAAACCGGGAUCUUGUAGCCAGCAAGGAAAACCGGGAUCAUCUGGUCAGCAAGGGCGUCCAGGGUCAUCCAGCCAGCAAGGGAAGCCAGGGUCACCCGGCCAGCAAGGGGGUCCAGGGUCUUCUAGCCAGCAAGGGCGUCCAGGGUCAUCCAGCCAGGAAGGGCGUCCAGGGUCAUCCAGCCAGCAAGGGAGUCCAGGGUCUUCCAGCCAGCAAGGGCAUCCAGGGUCAUCCAGCCAGCAAGGGAAGCCAGGGUCAUCUGGCCAGCAAGGGGGUCCAGGGUCUUCUAGCCAGCAAGGGCGUCCAGGGUCAUCUGGCCAACAAGGGCGUCCAGGGUCAUCUGGCCAGCAAGGGAAGCCAGGGUCAUCUGGCCAGCAAGGGCGUCCAGGGUCAUCUGGCCAACAAGGGCAUCCAGGGUCAUCCAGCCAGCAAGGGAAGCCAGGAUCAUCUGGCCAGCAAGGGGGUCCAGGGUCUUCUAGCCAGCAAGGGCGUCCAGGGUCAUCCGGCCAGCAAGGGAAGCCAGGGUCAUCUGGCCAGCAAGGGGGUCCAGGGUCUUCUAGCCAGCAAGGGCGUCCAGGGUCAUCUGGCCAGCAAGGGGGUUCAGGGUCAUCUGGCCAGCAAGGAAGACCAGGAUGGUCUAGCCAACAAGGGAAAUCAAGGUCUUUCUUUCAAGAAGAAAGAAAAAAUGUAGGCAACCCUUUGAAUGCCAAUAUAAUGGAGAUUCAGACUGGCAAAACCAGCAGCAAGAACCCAACUGGAAAUACAAAAUGUCCAUCUGUCUACAAGCCAGUCUGUGGUUCUGAUGGAAAAACCUAUGGGAACCACUGUGUAUUCAAUGAAGCCAAAAGAAAACAGAAAGGCAUGGGGCCAGCUAGGAUUCACAGGCCGCCUCUCCUGCUCUUAAUCUCUGCUUAUGAGAAUAUACAAGAGAAGUCUACAGUGAGAGACAUGCAGGACUCCCCAGUAAUUUCAACUCUACGGUUUCCUUUUUCCUCAAAUGUCCUGCAUCAGAAGAACACAUCUGCCCCGGAAGCCUCUGAUGUUGUCUAUGUCAAUAAUUCAAAGAAUCAAAUUAUCCCAAGCCUCUCCCUGGGAGAACGCCCGGGACGUCUUUACGACACAGAGCACACGCUGCUGCGGAUCAUCUGUUUGGCGCCAUCAGGCUCCUCACCGAUACGCCAGUGA